CGACCCUUUCUCCCGCGCACUUCCUCUCUCAUUUAUCCCAAUUAACCCUUUUUUUUUUCUUCUCCAUCUCUCUCUCUAUCACGAUUCCCUCCGCCGCCGCUAUGGAGCGUUUCCACCACCCCCAGAGCGGCGCCACCACCACUAACAACUCCGAUCUCAAGCGCGGCAAGAAGCGUGGAAGCUAUAACUGUGGCCGAUGUGGCCUCCCUAAGAAAGGCCAUGUUUGUAACCUUACUCCUUCAACUACCAAUACCGCUACCACUUCCCCUCCCACUACCGAUUCUUCCAAUUCCGCUCGCUGUUCCACUAUUGACCCCUCAUCUCACGUUCAUCUACGCCGUGCCCUCUCCUUUGAUGAUGCUGAUGACCUCCGCAGCGGCUUCCACUCUGAUUUCGAUGACAUUGACGAGGCUGAGCCGGUCUUUGAUUAUCCCGAUAUCGAUCCGGAUUCCUCUGGAUGCUUGCCUGCGAGUUGUCUUUGGGAGAUUUUGAGGAGGCUGCCGCCGGCUGGGAUUUUGUCGGCGGCGAGGGUUUGUAAGGGCUGGAGAGAGACUACCAAGAAGAUAUGGAGAGCGGCGGAGGUGUUGAGAUUGAGAGUUCCGCCUAAGGCUCAGUUUGGAUUUGUUGGUUCAUUGUUGCAGAAGUGUUCUGGACUUGUGACACUCUCGCUUAGAUUGGAAAGCAGCGAUUUGGAUUCGAUGAUGUUGGCUUGCAUUGCGUUCUCAUGCCCUAAUCUUGAAGCUCUGGAGAUCACUAAGUCCCAAUCAUCAAUAAAUCGCAUCACAGGUGGUGAGCUUGGUCGCUUUGUUGCCGAUAAACGUUGUCUUAAGAGUCUUAAGAUGGAAGGUUGUUCUAGUUUGGGGAGUUUUUCCCUCUGUUCAUCAAGUCUCGGCACACUAUGGCUUUCUGAUCUUUGCUCCCUUUCUAAGAUGGCUUUCAAUUGCCCCAAUUUAAGGGAGAUUUCUUUGGAGUUUUCUCGUCAUGAAAAUGAUAGGACUGAUCUUGUUGCGAUGGUUGAUGGCAUGGUAAGGGGCUGCCCAAGAUUACAGAAUGUACACAUUUCAUCAUUCCGUCUAUCACAUGCUGUAGUACUAGCACUCACAGCUGGACAAUUGAGGGGAUUGCGGAUGCUGUCACUUGUUCUUGGAGCUGACAUCACUGAUGCAUCUGUUGCUUCUAUUGCUUCAAGCUAUCCAAACUUGGAAUUGCUUGAUCUUAGUGGGUCCAGCAUCAGUGACAGUGGAAUAGGAAUGAUCUGUAAUGUAUUCCCAGAUACAUUGUCUAGACUUCUCCUUGCCCUUUGUCCUAACAUCACUUCAAGUGGCAUACAAUUUGCAACAGCUGAAUUGCCACUUCUUGAACUCAUGGAUUGUGGGAUGACUAUUUGUGACCCUAAUUCUCAGGAUUCUACAUCUGAAAUUGGUGAUCAUGAGUUAUCUAAACCGCCAAACUCCAAGUUUCACCUCAUUUACCAGAAGCUGAUCAUCAAACAUAACCACCUGAAAAAGCUGAGUUUAUGGGGUUGUUCCGGUUUAGAUGCUCUAUAUCUUAACUGCCCACAACUAGAUGAUCUCAAUCUCAACUCUUGCAAGAAUUUGCAUCCAGAGAGAUUGUUACUUCAGUGCCCCAGUUUACGUAAUGUGCAUGCAUCAGAUUGUGAGGAGUUAUUAGUUGGAGCUAUUCGAAGUCAGCUUAAAAAGGCUGCUUCACCCGAGGAGAACCUACUCUCAUGUAAACGCUUGGCAGAUGGCUCAAAACGUAUUAGAGUUCCACCUCUUGUCAGUUCACUGUCAUCUGAUAAUGGUUCGAAACGAAGAAGGGUAGGAAGCCAUCACUGUAAUAUUCAUGUGUGUUGAACAGUUGAGAAGCAGUCUUAUUUUUUCUGGGUGUACACUGAUAAUAUUUGUGAGUUGUGAAUUAUUAUUAGCCAAUGAUGGUAGAGUGCACCAUGCCAGGCCAUUUGGGUUAUAUAGGCAUAGUGCCUCGCUUCUGUAAACAUUUCGCUUUGUAACAGCCACUCUUCCUAAAACCUCAUGUUUCAGUAUGGAGUAUAGUACCCAGAGCCAAGCCAUAGAUGGAAAACUCAUUCAGGGUUAUAACUUAAUUUUUUUUCCUCAAUAAAGAAUAAUAAUUAUUUAU